AUGUCGCAUCGAUCCGAUACCCACCGCGAAGCUUCCCGGCGAGAACGUAGCAGUCGGGGCAGGGAGCAGGCGCCCCAGCAUCAAGGACACCGCCAGCCUUCCGUGUCUCAAGUGCUGCACCAACAAAUGCAGCAGCAGCAGCAGCAGCAAUACACACCCAGCUAUGCGUCGAGCUCUGGGUACGCAGCUACUGGCGCCUAUGCCAGCUAUGACACUUCUCAGGGGCAAUCUGGGACGCCAGACUAUGUCACCCAAGGCUAUCCCCAAGCUCCAUCCACACCUCGAGCCCAUCAGGGAAGUGUCCCAGACAGCCAGUAUUCGCCGGGUCGUGCCGACACCCGCGUGAGGAUCGGUGGCUACCAGGACGACCCCGAGGAUUCCGCCCGCCGGACCGAGUCAUUUGUCCGAGAUGGCGAUGAAAACCGGGUGGCAGCGUCCAGGUCCUCGCAGUCCCGCCGAGCUCACAAGAAGAAGAGAAAGGACAAGGCCAGGAGCGCCAUUGACGAAUUCGACGCUGCAUACCCCAACGCUGCAUACGACGCCGCGAACCCCCACACCAACCAGUACACCAACGCAUCUGGCCAGUACAAUGAAGACCCCGACCUCGACUGUGGCAAUGGUCCCAACCAAGGCGGUAGCUCUUAUGAAGGCUACUAGGCCCGGGAGCUAGUGUCAUUGGUGACUCCUUCGUUUGCGAUGAUUGGUGUUUGGGGUUGUACGAUAUGUUGAAAAGGUUUCGGUGUCUUGGCUGUUUCGUGGUUGGAUGGAUUGUUUUCGAGUUUAUACUGUACUCAUUCUGGGUAUUUCUUUCGUCUCCUAUGGGUUAGUUCGUCUUGGAUAGCACUCGCUAUGUUCAGGCACAAUUGCCACUUGACAGAUUGUACUAUCAGAAUGGAUUCCAAUUUGG